CUCAGACGGGCUUUGAAGUCACGGGGCUGCUGAUUAAGAUGGCGGUUUUUUACGGGCCGCGGAGCUCGCCCUCGACCGGGAGGAGGUUUCUUUCCCGUAUUGCUUCCGACGGCAGUGAAGCUGGUGUGCCCUCAGUCAAGAUGGCGGCCCCCUGCAAGCGGAGGAGCGCUGCGACUCGGCUGGCGCGAUGAGCUCCAGUGGUGAAUGGCAUCCAGUUUACACGUGGAAACAAAUGUACAGGUUGAAUAAUCACCUCUUCAGAACUCGUGUUGCUUACUUUUGUUUCCAAUCUGAUGCUUAGCUGGGAGACUCCUGAGAGUUUCUCAGUAUUUGCUUUACACCAUCAACAAAAGUUAAGUGUCAUCACUGCUGCUAUGUCCUGGGUACAAGUCGUUGCCAGUCGAUCCAAUGAGGACAUAUUUGAUGAAGAUGCAGACGAGAUGUAUCCAGUACAGAAAGAAUGGAAUAGCACCAUGGAAAAGAGAUUGAAGGAGGGCUAUAGAGAUGGUGUUGAGGCUGGGAAGGAACUUGCACUCCAAGAAGGCUUCAAUCAAGGUUAUAGACAAGGUGCUGAGCUGAUGGCUACAUGUGGCCAAUUCAGAGGGACCCUGAAUGCUCUCUUAUCCUGGUGUCAUCUUAAUGGACAUGAUUCUGCUUUAAGAAAGAUAAAUAACCUUCUAGAGGUUGUUGGAAAGCAUGAAGAAGACCUACUUAACUCUCUGACUUCUAUUCAACUACAACCAAACGUUGGAGACAUUUUAGAUUCUGUCCAGGACAUGGACCUUAGUCAUACAGCUCCAGCUGGAACAGAGUGCAGUGAAGUUAAUGCUGAAAAAUAUGAACAUGUUGGCAGAUGUGGUGAAAACUGUUGUAGAAAUAAUGGUGAGGAUGGUUCCUUGUGGUCUGACUGCAGCAGGGAGAAACUCUUUACAGAUCCUGAAAAGUCAACUCUUGCUUGGGUUAAAAAGCAAACUGUUGGGUUGGUAGAACAACUGGGCUUAUCACUGGAUGUACUCCAUCACAUCCAGCAACUGGAACAUUAGUUCUUCUGCCUCAUGCUACUUCAAGUUAUCUCAGCUGGAUUGGAUUCGCACUCUGUGGGUCCAG